AUGCCCGAUGAAGAAGAUGUCAUGGCGAAUAUUCGCUUCAAGGAUGGCAAAAAGUUGGUUUGAGGAGAAUUUUUCGGAGAGAAAGGGCUUUUCGCACAGAAAUAUGAGCUAUUUUUGGUGAAAAACUUCUUUAAUGCAGUAGUUUUAAAAGUAGAUUCCUUAAAUUACUCUCGCCGAACGAAAAUCCUGUCAAUACCUCCCAAAAUUCAGAUUUGGCGAUUGGGUAAUCAAGAAAAAACUGGACGAAGGUGGCUUCGGACAGGUGUACAUGGUAACUUUUCAACAUUUUUUGACACCUUGACCUUCAAAAUCCAGGUACAAAAUUUGAAAACUAACGAGAAAGCGGCGUUGAAAGCGGAAUCGAACGAAGUAGAAGGCGGAUCUGCGAUCAAACUCGAGGUUUCAAAGAAAGAAGACGAGAUUUCAAAAUGAAUACUGGAAUUCAGAUUCUGAUCCUUCGAGAUUUGAACAGAAGCGGACCGAAGCCUCACAUUCCCGUCUACUUCCACGCGGCUAAACGCGGAAAGUUCAGCUACAUGAUCAUGACAUUACUCGGCGAGAAUCUCAAAGCGCUCAAGGUUCAAUAUAUCCUUAAUCAAGGCCAUUCAACGUACUUAAAACUUGUGAAGUUUAUUUAACUUGGAGAAAAAUACGUUGGUGUGGAGAAAAAAACAGAUGUAGUCAAAUAGAGAGAAUAAAUUCUUCUUGACUGACAAUUUGAAAAAAUAAAUUUUCAUCAAGGGAACGUUCUAAUGGGCACUGAUUUAAACUUCUAUCUUAGUUAUUGUAUCAGUGCAAUUUAUGGGAACCACAGGAAAAAUAGAAGCAAAAGAAAACACAGACAAAAAAAAAAAUCAAAAACGAAAAAAUGACGACCUCUUUGUCCAUAGAGCAACUUUUCUGCUGUUUUGCGCAAUAUUUCAUUUUUCCUUUUUUCUGCUUCACUUUUAAUUCGUUUUUCUUUCAAAAAAAGUGCACUUUGUGUUCUUGUAGUCUGUUUUAAGCUUUCUGAAAAGCUCUACAAAAUGGCGGGUUUUUUUCCUCAAAUUCCUAUUAUUUUACUUUUCAUUUGCCCUUGAAAGUUUUCCCUUUUUUAACAAAGUUUCAGUUGAAUUGCCAAAAUGGAAAAGAACGUUUUUCGCGCGGCACCUGGAGUCGUCUCGGCAUUCAAUGUCUCUACAGGUUUGUGAGCUUUUUUUUUGUUUUAUAUAUAAUUAUAAAAUGUGUAUUUUAUUGAUACAUUUUUUUUAAAAUAAAUAUUUUUAGCGUCAAAUAUGUGCACGAUUGCGGCUACGUCCACCGAGAUAUUAAGGUAUUGAAAUAUUAACUAAAUUCCUCGAAAAAUAUUUAGUUAAUUUUUGAAAAAAAAAAACAGUUAUGAAUAAGAAGUCUGAAAGCACGGAAAAACCUUCAGUAGGAAACAAGGAGAGCGGAGGCAAGCCAAAAUAAUUUUUGAGACCUAAAACGGCUGCGCGCCUUUUUUUUUUACAAAAUUCCCAUUCUCGCCAAUUUUUUCAAAGUCGUUGCUCAGCCUUAAAUUCAUGGCGGAUGCCGUUUUUUUUUUUCCAUAACCCAUUUUGAUUGAUAAAUUAAAGCCGAACAACUUUGUGAUGGGAGCGCCCGACGACCAGGCCCGUUGCCGUCUGGUCCACAUUCUCGACUUUGGCCUGGCCCGGGCCUACGCCUUCCAACGCGACUCCAAGUGGGUGACGCGUCGCGCCCGCGGCACCGCCGAGUUCCGCGGGACUCUGCGAUACUGCUCGCCCAACGUCCACUUCAAGAAGGAGCAGGUUUUCAAAUGAAGAGAAAAUAUAGGUCAAUCCCCAAAAAGCAAAAGUGGCCACUCUAGGGGAGCAUGCUGGGGGUCGCUAUACAUCUUUUUAAUUUUCAAACCAGUUUGAAAAAUGGAAAGAUCACUGUAUAGUCUGUUCAGAUUUUGAAUGUCAAGUCGUCGCUCAAGCUCCGCCCAUAAUACUGCGAUAAACCAAUCAGAGAGCGAGCCAUCCACAGAGUGUUUUUGGACGUCAUUGCACUUGACAUUCAAAAUCUGAACAGACUAUAGGGACCUCUUAGGCUUAAGGGCCUUAGAAGUCAGACCCCAACCUGAGUAUGAGCCCUCUGGGGAGCACUAGUGAGUCCGCUAUACAUAGGGACCGCAGGCCAAUUUCCAAAGUCAGUGAUAUAAAGUUGAAACCUAUAUGAAAAGAAAGCUGAUGGCAAUCGAGAGCUAACUGCGAAAACAGAAAAGAAAAAUAUGAAAAAUGAAAAAAGUUAUAAGCAAAAAAGUGGCGAAAUCGGGGGAACCAUUUUUGUGUAGAAACUUUCGUCAGGGUCGCAGGAAAAGGGGCGUGUUUAUAGAUGCCGCGCGCUCCUUGCUGUGCGUUAAUUCACGCAGGAGACGUUUCGAAAACAUAUUUAUUUGAGUUUUUAGAAGUUUUAAAUGAAAUAUUAGAGUUUUCAUAUUGAAUAUUGCUCUUUUUCAAUAUCAGCCUACUCUUCAAGCACUCACGCUGUUGAAAAGCGAGUUUUUGAAGAAGGUUUCAAUGCAUUUCGUAAAAAAAGAAAAAUAACCGACAAAAAUAGACCUCUGCGAAGGACGAACAGCAUUAAACCGAAUUGAAAAAUGUAACAGUCUACUAAGAAAUUUACUGAAAAAAAUAUGUAAAUAAUCACCAAGUCCUUUUUUUCAGAGAGUUUUUUUAAAAAAAGGCGAAAGCGUUUUACUUUUUGAUUUUCUACUUCUUUUAUUUUUUUCUCUAAAGUUUGUGCGUCCACAUGGAGUGUACGUAGACAAUUUUUUUAGAAUUCUUUACUUGACAUUCGAAAAAUUCAAAAAAAGUUCAAAAAAAUUCAAAAAAACAGUUGAGUAAAAAGCGAAAUUUAAUACUUUUCACGCUGCUAUAAUGGAUAUAAUGAUAUAGGAAAAAAAGAUUCCAAUUAUGAAAUGAGUAAAAAGCAACUAUAAAGCCACAAUAAAAAUGAGAAAAACUUGAAUAGAAUACAUAAAUAGUUUUAAAAAAACCUUCUUCACGCUUUCGAAAAAUUUCGUGGCCUUCGCGGUGUCUGCAGAUUUCCAGCGACGCGCAGUUUUAAAAAUAACUUUCGAGCGUUUAAAUUAACCAUACUUUUCGGGCCAUCCUAGGAAUUUUUUUAUUUUUUGAUAUGUUGUAGAGAAAUGUCUAAUGUUUGAUAUUAUGAAAUAAAAAAACUUGCCCAAAACGCUUUGGGCCGUUUUCAAAGCGUUACAAAAAAACGGGAAUUUUAAGCUUUCAUAUAAACUAUAUAAUCGAUGAAACACUUAGUUCUCUAUUUUUUUAAAAUUUGCAAACAACUGCAAACAACCGUUUAAAAAAAUAUAAUCAGUAAUUAUCGAUUGCGUUUUUUUCGAAAAAUAAGGAAUUUCGAAAAUCGUGAUUUUCAAAUUGCGUUAUUUUUUUGAGGCCAACCAUAGAAUUUUUUUAUUUUUUUGCCAGAAUAUGCGUUUUUUUAGUUGCUUUAUGAUAUUCAAGAAUUAAAAAAAGGUUGCCCAGAAACUUUCAAGAAAAAAACGGGAUUUUUUUAUCCGUUUUCGGCCACAAAUGCGUUUUUAAAAAAACUGUCGUCGUACAUUCUUAUUUCUCAUUUUUUUCAGUAUUUUCAUUUAUGUAGGAUUGUUAAGCAUAGCCGAUUGUAUGUUUCCCCAAUUUUUUCCCAAAUCGGUACAAGAAAACUGUUUUAAAAUAUAAAAAAAGAACCAAAAUGCAACGAAAAUGACGAAGUUUUUUGAACAGCGAAGUGGGCGUGGCUCUGCGGUCCCUAGGUAUACAGGUUUUUUUUUCCAAACCGCUAAAGAGACCACUCUGGCGUUACUAGAAAAAGAAAAAACUGGCUUUUCAAAUAAAAAAAAACUGGUUCUGAAAUUCUCGACAGGGUCGUCAAGACGACCUCUGGUCCCUGCUCUACGUGCUCGUCGAGUUCAACGGCGGCCUUCCCUGGCAGCACGAACGAGAAAAGUCGAAGAUUGAGGGCAUGAAAAUCGCGAUGGACGACAAGGACGUCAUGCUCAACAUGCCUAGUUAAUUUUCAUCUUCCUGCUCUUUGAGUAGAACGAAAAGCUCGAUGGAUUUGAAGUUAUUUAGUUCUCCAGACUUCCUAGAGAGCUUUUGAAAAAUAAUAUGCAUCUUUCACUUACUACAAAUAAUCCAAAAAUGUAGUUUAUUAGGCUGGUCUGUUAGAUAUAAGCGCUAACUUUAGCGUUUCAUCGUUCUUUUCCAAGUUCAAAUUUGAUGAAGAUUUUCAUUUUCGCAUGGGAAAUAUCGUGUGGAUUCUAUUUUAUUAGUUAUAGUGGAAUACUCUCCAACAUUACCGCUCUUUCCUGACAGGACAUGGUUAAAGAGUUUUUAGACACUAUAUUUAAAAAUUAUUUAAAUUAGUUCAUAAAGAAAACGCGCUCCAACGAUAAAUUCCUUCUUUUUUUACAGUUUGCAUGCAAGCCAUUACACCUCAUCUGCGCUCACUAGAUUGCUACGCCAAGCCUGAUUAUGUGUGAGUGAAAAUUAUUUUUAGAAACGUAGAUCAAAAUUAUUUUUACAAGGCAAAAGGUGAACAUACAAGUUUUGAUAAUUAACUGAGAUGUUGAAAAAAUCUGAACCAAUUUUUUUUACGCCACUGAGGAAGAGUCGGCGGUCAGUUUUUCAUUUUUACUAAAAUUCGAAAAAGACUUGAAAUUUUUAUGUCUGCGACUUUGUACUGCUGUUUUUCUCUGCGCCCUCCUCGUUUCUCUGUCUCUCUCUCAUGUUAACGGGAUGUUUUUAUGUUACUCUGACCUCGCCGAUGAGGGAACAGAGAGACCUAGGAACGCCAGAGUGGUCACAAGCCCUUGAAGGCACCCCUCUAGGGACCCCUUUGCUUCCCUCUAUAGGGGGCACUAAAGCUUGCGAAUGUGGUUGAAUUUCAUCCCUAUAAAGAGCACGUUUUUGUCCCCUCUAGCGGCUGCUUUUUCUUCUGACCCCUAUAGGGGCCACUCUGACAUUCUCAAAGACGCAGGAACUCGAAAGUCAAGUCUAGUAGGGGUGGACGGACUGUACAGUAAAUCCUUGAAUAACCAAACUUUUUCCUUGUAGGGCAUUUUACAACGCGCUCUUGACGAUUAUGAAAGCGGAGAAAGUGACGCCGCUCAGUCGAUACGACUGGGAAACUGCCACUGAGGAAGAGUCGGCGGUCAGUUUUUCAUACAUUUUGUUUUUGAACUUCGGGUUUUCAAAAAGGCAAAGUUUUUGCGCAGGAAUGGAAAAGGCAGGAAAAAUGGCUCUUCUCCUCGAGACCUUGGGGAAAUUAACAUCCGUGCUCCUUUAGCCACCUUGCAAAUAUUUGAACUGACUGAACUUGAAAAUAUUUUUAUACGAGGUAAUACCAGAAAAAAUCUAAAUUCAGAAAAAAUACGCGAAAGAGAAAGGUCCAGCCGCUUGGGAAGACGCCGAGGCAUUCUUCAAGGUUUAUUUUUAAAAUGAGUUGAUGCGCAGCGAAUUGAGCAGUCUUUUUUUUUCUUGAAUGAAAAGAAAUGGAAUUUAAAAUCGCUGCGCAUCAUUUUUUUUCACAUAUUCUGAAGUCUAUUCUUCAGUCGCUUCAACUUGAAAUAGUCUGACUUGUCUGCGCUCUCUUUCGUCUCGCUGGCUCGGUUAUUAAAAAUGAAAAUAGCGCUUGAAAACGAGAGAUAUCAGAUUUUUAAUGUGUUUAAAAAGAAAAAAAUUUUUUUCCAUUUUUCCUCAACAAAAAAAUUAUACUGAAAAAAUGAUGAGCGUCGAUUUAUAUAGCAUUAUUCUCUCCAGGCCGAUCCGAUUUCGAUCGCUGGACCCCCAAAUAAUAAUGAAACGGAAAAGUCUGCCUCAAGAACGAUGACGGUUUCUUUCUUUUCCCAAGUUUCUACAAAUUUUAGUCUUUUUUUUCAGAAAGAAGUCCCCAAAGGCGUCUAG